GUACCAGCGGAGAAUAACGAAAAUGUGGUUUAAAAUAUUAAAUUUUGGUGUACUAUUUUUAACUGUCAGUGGUUUUGUUCCACACAUAAAAGAUAUAAAUGUGUCUUUUGCAAAUGAGAUUGAAUUAUGGGCAAAAUUCGACCAUGAAACAGAAUUAUUUAAGGACAUGAUCAAAACCUUGCAAAUUCCUACAGAACUUCAGAAUUUAGACUGGAGAUCUUUUGCAGCAGAAACAAAUAUUGCAAUAUGUCAAAUAUGUCAGGGAACUGUAAAGUCAUUUAUAAAAUUACGACGUGAAGGAGCAUCUGAAGAAAAUAUAAGAAAUAAAUUAAUAAAAUUGUUGUAUAUAGUAGAUUCUAAACCAAAUUUGACAGCUACUACAAUUUGUGGUGUUGUCCUAGAAUCAAAAUCAUGUCCUUUGGAUGAUCCUGAAUUUGAUUGGAAUAUUAAUAUUGAUAAUAAUUCUGAUACAGUUAUUACUGAAAAUGAAACACAAGAACAAAUAAAAAUUUUGCAACUAACAGAUAUUCAUUAUGAUCCUGCUUAUGAAGUAAAUGGUAAUUCAAAUUGUGGAGAACCAGUUUGUUGUCGAAAAGGACAAAAUAAAACUAAUGUAAAUUCAUUAGCUGGAUUUUGGGGAGAUUACGAAUCUUGUGAUACUCCUUGGCAUGCAAUCACUGAUGCUUUAACUCACAUAAAAGAAACACAUCAGGAUAUUGAUUUUAUAUAUUUUACUGGCGAUAUAAUAGAUCAUGGAGUAUGGGAAACUUCUAAAGAAGGAAAUAUACAAAGUCUUGUAAAAAUUUAUGAUAAAAUGCAUGAUAUUUUUAAAAAUAUUGUGCUAUAUCCAAUAUUUGGAAACCAUGAACCUCAUCCUCUAAAUCAAUUUGCACCAAGAAAUAUAACACAAAAGGAUUUAACUACAAGGUGGCUUUAUGAAUUAAUGGCUGAUCUAUGGAUUGGUUACGGUUGGUUACCAGAAUCUGCACGUUCUACUAUACUUCAAGGAGGAUAUUAUACUGUUACCCCCAGAAAAGGAUUCAGAAUUAUAGCCUUAAAUAGUAAUGCUUGCUAUUCUUAUAAUUGGUGGCUUUUGUAUAAUCCAAAAGAUCCUGAUAAUCAAUUACAAUGGCUUGCGAGUACUCUUCUUGAAGCAGAAAAAAAUAGUGAAUUAGUGCAUAUUUUAUCCCAUAUACCUGCUAACAGCAACAGCUGUUUAAAAACAUGGAAACGAGAAUACUUGAGAAUAAUUAAUAGAUUCUCCCAUUUAAUCAAAGCUGAAUUUAAUGGGCAUACUCAUAAUGAUGAAAUAGCAAUAUUUUAUAAUUCUGAUGCAAUAACAAAAAAUGUUGCCUGGAAUGGUGGUAGCAUAACUGCUUAUUCAAGAUUAAAUCCAAAUUAUAAAAUUUAUACAGUAAAUAAUAGUAAUUAUGCAGUGAAUGAUUACGAAAAUUGGAUGUAUGAUCUCAGUACUGCCAAUAAGAAUAUACAUAUAAAACCAACUUGGUACAAAUCAUAUUCUUUUAAAGCAGAAUAUGGCCUUUCAGAUUUGUCUGCCACAUCUUUAAGCAAUUGGCUUUCUCUAGCAGUAAAGAAUGACACAUUAUUAGACACGUAUUACAGGUAA